AUGGCGGAUAUGGAAACAUACAUGCGGUCGCACCCAGGGCAGGGCACGGCCUUCGGCUUGUGCACCAAUUGGUGCUGGAGGAUGAGCCAUGAGGAUAAGCCACUGUUUUUUUUCGAAAACGAAGUUGGACGGAGUCGCAAAAUCGGCCCCGCAUAUGCCGCAGAUGUUGUGCUCGUCCUCUUCGUGCUGGUGGAGCCUGACUUCGUUGUAGAAAUCUGGCCCGUCGCGACACCUUCUGCAAAUAUUAUGCGCACGGGACACCGCGAGAUGAUGUCGUUUUGCGUUCAGGGAAGAAAAUUCGAGCCGGCAUCGCGUGCAAAAAAUAUGCCUGCUCGACAUCCCGAGGUGCUGCUCGAGCGCUUGGCGAUGUGA